CUCUGGAGGGCCCAGAAGAAUAACGAACGUCAAAAGGGGCUAACGCGACAUUUCCAACAGCAGAAGAUGAACCGUCCAAUUCGUUAUCAGGGUGUCAAUCUCUACGUUAAGAACUUGGAUGACUCUAUCGACGAUGAGCGUUUGCGUGAGGAGUUCUCUCCAUUUGGAACAAUUACAUCCGCCAAGGUAAUGUUAGAAAGGGGGCGUUCGAAGGGCUUCGGUUUCGUUUGUUUCUCUGCCCCAGAUGAAGCUUCAAAGGCCAUUAGCGAGAUGAAUGGACGCAUCGUUGGAAGCAAACCGUUGUUUGUAGCGCUUUCUCAACGUAAAGACGAUCGUAGAGCGGCGAUGCAAUUCGCGGCGAAUAUGCGUAUGCACCAUAUGAGACAAAACAACCAAUCGACUGGUGACGGCAGUUAUCAACUAACACCACUUAAUCCAUCGCCUGGGGACAUCCACAACAAUCAAAAACUGUUUCGUGCUUACUUGAAUCAAAAUACUGUAACUGCUACUGCUGCAGGAGGAGCUCACCCGUCUAUGGGAAGCUCUAUUACUUUGUAUGAAUACCGGCAAGCGGCGAAGGCCCGUUCCAAUCCUAACCCGCCGGAUCGUACAGUUACUGAUCAACAAGCAUCCGGUAAUUCGGCCAUCCUUGUGAAAGGACAAGAGCCACUCACGGUCGCCAUGUUAGCUAAUGCGUCACCCGAUGAACAAAAGCAGAUGCUUGGAGAGCGCCUAUACGCAUUGAUCGAGCCAAUGUAUCCAACGAUUGCGGGUAAGAUUACUGGAAUGUUACUGGAGGUCGAGAACUCAGAGUUAAUUUACUUGUUGGAGCACAGUGAACAGUUGAAGGCUAUGGUCGAUGAAGCAGCUAGUGUAUUGCAUGCGCAUCAGCAGGAAACUCAGCAACAGUAGAUGUAUUACUGCAUGUACAAGUUUAGAACCAUGCGCAUCUAUUAUUCUCGCGUUUCGAAUCUUCCGAUCAGCACUAAAUUUUACAUUAGA